AUGUUGAUUAUUAUCCUUGAAAAGACUCUGUUUGCAGCAUUCACCGCAUAUUGCACUUAUACUGACGAAUAUUUUGCCGCCGGCGAGCAGGAAGAAAACGUGGUACCUGUUCGAAGUGUACAUUUAAAGUUGCCUAACACGGGUUCCUCGUUGUCUUCAUCGUUUGACCCAAAUAAUCCGACUAAUACAAUUUCUGACUCCUCACAUAAAAAAUCCGACACGCUUGAUAGUACCAAAAGUAGCGAUUCGUCCUCUCUGUCGAGGACAUUACCCAAAUUGUCGAAAAAGCAGGCCAGCAUUUUACGACCAUUUUUGCGGAAGAAAACAAAGCGAAGUUCAUCAUCAGGAAAUAGCCUCGGAAGUGGCAGUGACCACCGCGAAGCAAAUAGAAGUAGCGAAGGUGAGGCGAUGAAACGAACAGCGUCUCCGACGCUUCCGGACGGUGCAACACAAGCUAAAUAUGAGCCUCCCAUAUGUAAUGGAGAAAUUGAUAUAUCCGGCUCGUUUAAUGUUAGUGCCACAAUUGACACGAAUUCAUUGGAGUCGCAGAAAGAAAAAACAGUAGAGGAUUCGCCAUUACAACGUAUGGUUCCAUUGAAUAAGGAUUCUCGCACUGUCUGUUCUACGGAUGCAUCAGUGAGCAUGAUGGUGCAGUCUGUUGACUGUACCAACGGUAAAAAAGCAAAAGAUAUUCCAAAUGGAAUGGCCGCUACUGCUGCUCAUCUGAAUAAUGCAAAGUUAGAAAAUGCCUACAAAGAAAGCGUUGCCAUACUCGAUUUUGGCGCUCAGUUUGGAAAGGUUAUCGAUCGUCGAAUUCAUGAGCAAAAUGUUUAUAGCGAAAUUUUGCCGUUUAAUACAAAAGCAGCUGAUAUAGUUGAGAAAGGGUGUUACAAAGCGAUUAUAUUGAGUGGUGGACCAAACUCUGUAAAUUCAUUUAAUACACCUGAAUUUGAUCCUGCCAUAUUGACUUGUGGUAUUCCAGUCCUUGGAAUUUGUUAUGGUUUUCAGUUGAUAAACAAAGCAUUUGGAGGAUGUGUAUCUAAAAAAUCAGCACGAGAAGAUGGGCAGCUUGAGAUCGAUGUUGACACCAACUGCCCCUUGUUCAAGGGACUUGCAUCCUGCCAAAAGGUAUUGUUGACACAUGGUGAUAGUGUCACUGAAAGAACUGUAGCUAGUGAUUUCAAAGUCGUGGGUAGGAGUGGAAAUUUUGUUGCAGCAAUUGCUAAUGAAAGGCGAAAGUUAUACGGUGUGCAGUUUCAUCCUGAAGUGGAUUUAUCUAUCUGCGGAAAGGAAAUAUUGCAUAAUUUUCUCUUCGACAUCGCUGGUAUUACUGGUAGUUUCACAAUUGAUAAUCGUGAGCAAAAAUGUAUCCAAGAAAUUCGUUCUGUUGUGAUGAAUAAGAAAGUAUUGGUGAUGGUGUCGGGUGGGAUAGACUCAACAGUGUGUGCUGCUCUUCUUCACAGAGCUUUAGGAAGUGAUCGAGUGAUUGCUAUACACAUCGAUAAUGGUUUUAUGCGUUCCAAUGAAAGUGAUCGAGUACUGGAGUCGUUAAACAAGUUGAAUUUAAAAGUGCGAAGGUACAAUGCCUUCUACGCCUUUAUGAAUGGCCGAAUACCAGUUGGAAGCGAACUUUCAGCACCAUUGAUGAGGACUAUACAACCCGAAAUGAAACGUAAAAUAAUCGGUGAUACAUUCAUGCGAGUGAAAGAUAGGAUAAUGAAUGAGUUGAAAUUGGAUAAGGAUGUAUUUCUGGCACAAGGUACACUUAGACCUGAUUUGAUUGAAAGCGCGUCACAUUUGGCUAGUUCUCAAGCAGAUGUCAUUAAAACUCAUCACAAUGAUAGCGCACUUGUCCGCGAACUAAGAAAUUUGGGAAAAGUCUUGGAACCACUGAAAGAUUUCCACAAAGAUGAAGUUCGUGAGUUAGGAGUAUCUUUAGGGUUACCGGAACACAUUGUCCAACGACAUCCUUUCCCAGGUCCCGGAUUGGCUAUUCGGAUCGUCUGUGCCGAGCGUCCAGUAUUUACUGAUGUCGACCUUUUCGUUACAACUCAGCAUCACUUGCAUUUGAUCGCAAAUCUUUCGCUUUGUGAUAGAAAUUCCGAAGAAUUUGAUACUAUAACUCAAUACUUGUCAGAAACUGACUUAAAAGCUCUCACUGGUCAUGAUUUUGAAAUUGCAACGACUCUUUUACCAGUGCAGUCAGUUGGAGUGCAAGGUGACGGACGAUCGUAUGCAUAUGCAGCUGCACUGUCCACAAACGAAAGGCCUAUCCCAUGGGAGCUAAUGGAGCGGCUGGCUCAUAUCAUACCUCGCUUGCUGCACAAUAUAAACCGAGUAGUUUAUGUUUUUGGAAAUGCCGUUGAUUAUCCGGUGAACGACGUCACGCGCACAUAUUUGAACGAUUUCACGAUAGGUCUAAUAAGGUGGGCAGACAGAAUAGCCUCUGAUGUUCUUUGCGGGUUGGACGAGAAUGGUAAGAGACAUCAUGCUCUGGAAGUGUGUUUACAAAAAAUACAACAGAUGCCAGUGAUAAUGGUUCCUGUUCAUUUUGAUAGGGAUCCUUUGGAACGAAAGGCGUCAACUCUGCGAUCUUUCGUUCUUCGUCCUUUUAUCACAAGAGACUUUAUGACAGGUGUUGCUGCUUUACCGGGAAGAGAUAUCUCCGAACAGAACGUAUUGGAAAUAGUACGCCGCAUUACGGAGCGCGUACCGUUAACAUCACGUGUCAUGAUCGAUCUUACAUCGAAACCACCAGGUACCACGGAAUGGGAGUAG